CAGGUAUUACUCUAUACUAAUUAUACCUCUACAAUAUACACACCUGUGUUGGGAUAUCGGUAUAUCGUUAUACACGGAAUACUAACGUAAGGAUGGUGAUGUCUGUUUAUGAAUCCGGAGUCCAGUGUACCCUGGUAGGGGACGGGAUGGUUGGAAAGACGUGCCUCGCACGUUCAUUUGCUGACCGGACAUUUCCGGUCAAUUAUGUGGCUACCGUGAUGGACAAGUACAACGGUACCACAUAUGUGGAUGGAAACAAGUACGGGAUUACUCUCACGGACAUGGCUGGAGAGCAUGAAGCCAUAACAUGUAGUGACUACAAAUCGACAGAUGUAUUCAUCAUCUGCUACAGCGUGGUGGACAGAGAGUCCUUUGAAAGUGUCCAGGAUUUCUGGGCCCCCGAGAUCCGGAAAAUCGCCAGGAAACGUCCCGUGAUCCUAGUGGCUACACAGACGGAUCUACGACAGAAAUGGAACAAAGACCACGUGACUACGGUGGAAGGGGAAACCCUGGCUAAACGUAUGUCUGUAGAUCGAUUCCUGGAGAGUUCUGCAUUCGCAAAAGAAGGCGUGGCACCUAUCUUCAAAAGCGUGGUGCAAGCAUCUUUAAAAUACAACAAGAAGAAAUGUAACAUCAUAAAACGUGUUCUUAGUGGUAUAUGAACAGACAAUACAAUUCAAUGACUCUGACACUAUCACUGAUCCCCUGUGAUCAAACAGACUGGGCUGUUACUCCAAAUGGGAACUGUAGCCAGGACACCCAAAGUCAAGGGCAUACACGGGUCUUACUGGACAGACAUGGAACCACCUCUAAAGUGAUCAACCUGGACGAGGAGACACACACCUAUCCAGGAAACCCCUCUCUAGGAGAUUACUAGUGUGAGAUCUACACGUGUAAACAGACCCAACUGAUAUAGAUUAACCACGUUGCUUGCCUCACUUUACAAAGAUGAACUCCUCUCUGUUGUAUGGAGUGAAGAAGAAAAGUAGUGGAAUUCGCAGCUUCGUGACUUCUAUAUGUGUUUUGACAUUUCGUGGUUAAUAAACAAUGACAAUUAAGAGGUUAGUAAUCUCCCAAGCCGGAAAGAAACAAUGUAUGUUUGUCUACCUGAUGGACUAGGUGUUCGAUGAUGUGAAUAUCGGGACAUAUAACAGUAGCUACCCUCAAAGCAUCAUCGACAAUCACUGUAACAUCAUCGACAAUCUCCGUAACAUCAUCGACAAUCUCCGUAACAUCAUCAGACACUACCGCGUGGUAGCACCAAGUAGCUACCACAGCAUUCCGGAUGUUGCUCUCAAUUAUAUCAUGUUACGAUAUGUAUGGCAUUGAUAUAUAUAUAUUUAUAUCAGCAAGUUCUUGUCUGGUUACGUCUUACUGAUUAAACCAAUACCUAAUCUAA